GAGAUAACUGAGGCGUUUCCGACGUAUCAAAAAAGAAUUUUGAGGGAACCCAGAUAAUAUAAUAUCUUUUGUUUCCUUUGAUGAGUUUGUUCAUUUAUAUGUUCAGCACGAUACACAGAUGUAUGCAAUAAAAUUAUAACGGUACAAUUAACGAUCAUCUUACGUGGAUAAAGAUAAUAAAAAAGAGGCAUCUCAAAUUGCCUAAUAAUACCUAACCUCGAAAAAAAAUAAUAAUUGUUAACCACGAUGUCAAACGUUCUACGGCUUAAUUAUUCCGUAGAAAAUGAAACAGCUAAGAUUGCCACCGAGUCCUUUGCAUUAAUUUUACAAAAGGCGUACGAGCAGUAUCGAAAAUUGUGGAAUAAAUAUUUGGAUUUAGUUAAGAAAUGCGAAGUUGAUAGUUCUGUACGUAAUGAAAAUCAAGAAGCGUGGAAGGAAAAAAAUGUUUUAAAAACUAUACACGCGUUCGCUGAGGAUAAUGAACUUUUAAAUAAAUCAGCAGAUCAAAAAAAUCAAUUAUCCAUAAAUAAAGAAAUCGAAGAUAGAAAAGAAAGUCAAAACUUACUCGAUAACAUCUCAGAAAUUUCCUUAUUUGAUUUGAUGAUGGAUGUCAAUGAUACUACUUAUCAAUUUCAACCUAAAACAACGAAUACUGUUUUACCUGAAAGCCCAAUAUUUAUGCGAAAGAAUGAAAGAUCUGGUAAUUUUGAAAGUGAAAUUUCUACGAACAGUAAGGAUAAAAGCAUUUUAGAUAAAACACAGACUGAUAGUAAAUUAGAUUAUAACAAACAAAAUACUAGUAAAAAUACCUUUUCUAUUACGAUACCUGAAGAAAAUUUAGCUGAUAUAUCUUCUGAUAAUCUUUCGCCUUUCAUCAUUCAGAGCACACCUGUGAUUAAUAAUAAAUUUAAUAAGAGGAACAGAAAAAAAUUAUUUGAUCAAGUUUGUCAACCACAAUCGAAUGAUAAUGAAGUUAGUCCUAAAAAGAAGCAAACCAUGAAGAGUAAAAUACCAUUACAAGCGUUAGACAAUAUCGCUAAUCCAUUGAGUACUUAUGUAAUUCAUAAUAAUGGUGAUCAAACAAAUAAUAAGAUUGACAAUAACAAAUCUACAUUUUAUAAAUCUUGUUCAAUACCAAAUAAUAAAAAAUUAAGACAACCGAAACUUUCAUUUUAUAAUACUAAACAGAAUGUUAAUAUUGCUACUGUAUCGUUUACUAAUGAAAACAUACCAAUAACAAGGUUUAAAAAAUCUUUAUGUAAUCGUGAAUCUUCCAUAGAAGAUACCAUAAAAGAAAAUAAAACUACAAUGGAUGAAAAAAUUAAUGAUAUAUAUUUGGACGGUGCUAAUGAUAAAAAUGAGACAAUAUUUGAGGAUGUAAUAGCAAAUAGUCCGGAUUACCAAAAAGUACAAUUACAAAAUAAGAAUCGGUUGAAGCUUAAACGAAAAUCUAAAAUGACUAACACAAUAAAAGCAUCUGCUUCGUCCACUAAUAAUUCUAUGCAAAUGCAAAAUAAUGUAUACCCAACCAAAAACCGAAAUAUUGUUAUUAAUGAUAAUAGUAUUUUAUCUUCAGAAACGGUUAAGAAUAGUGCAAAGAAAAGCCUGAUAUUUUCCAAAGAUAUUGAAUCGGAUAAAAAACUUGUAGAUAAGAAUAAUUCUGAAAGAAUUGCAUGUAUUAAACAGAAGGAAUCUAAUGAAUUAAAUGAAUUUCAGUGUACAUUCGGAGACGAAACAUAUUUUGAAGAAAAACCUCCGAAAAAAAAUACUAUUCAUGUAAAUAAAGUGAUUAAUAGAAAUUCACUUAGACUUAAAAAUAUUAGAAUAAAUCCUGUUAAAUGUAACAAUAUAAGUAAAUCGGAUAAAAAAGGUAUAGAAAUGGAAAAUAAAAAAUGGAGUUGUUCGGAAUGUAUCGAGUAUUAUAAAAGUGAAGCAGGUGUUUCCGAUACACAAAUACAAAGGCGGAUAAAUCAAUGUUCUCGUCAUAAAAAUGCAUAUUUUUCCAGAAAUGCAACGCCACCAGGUAAAAUUGUAAUUUAUAUGGAUAUUUUUAAUCUUUACAAAUACAUAUUGAUGUAAAAUGCACGAAAAUAUUAUUACGUAUUAAAUAUUAUUUUUACAGGUUUUUGGGAUCCUUUUUUGCCUGAUACUGGCUCAGAUAGUGCGUAGUAAUAAUAAUUAAAAGAAUUUUGUUUGUAAAAUUAAAUAAUAUAUACAUAAAUUUUGUAGAUAGAAUUAAUAUGGGAAAAUACCAUUAUAUAUAUAAUUAUUAGAAAUUGCAAUUAAAUUAUGAUAUGUUUUUUUUUAAUAUUUAUUUUUUCUUUUGAAUAAAAUACAGUUAUAUAUAGGAGAUAUUAUCUUCGUUCUGUAUUUCGAGCAAAAAAUUUGAUCGCAUAAAUAUGAAGUGCAUAAAGCAUAAUCAAAAAAGGGAGCAUUUUAUUUUUGUACUUCAUUAUUUGAAAAUGUUUUCUCCCUUUUAUGUAGAAUUGUAUUAUAUUCCAGAAUAUUUAUUCUUUAUGUCAAAUUAAAAUAAGUUCAACAAUUUUCUGGAUAUAUAUAAUAUGUAUGUGUAUAUGUGUGUGUUUGUAUAGUUAAAAAUAUAAUAUUCGAUUAUUUAUUACUGAUAUGUAUAAUGAUGAAAAAUAUGUUCUGCCACUUUAUUGACUAUUUACAAAAUAAUUUAGUAAAUAAAAUGACAAAGAAAA